AUGGCCGCCCGCUCCUUUACGUCGACGGUGGCCAAGGGCCCUACCCCACUCCUCCGCGCCGGUGGCCACGGGCUCCGUCCGCUCCUCCCAGCACCGGUGGCCAUGGGCUCCUCCCGCUCCUCCACGCCGGCGGCGGCCAAGGGCCCCGCCCGCUCCUCCACGCCGGCGGUCACGGGCUCCUCCCGCUCCUCCGUGUCGCCAGCCACGGGCUCCGCCCGCUCCUCCCAGCGCCGUCGGCCAUGGGCUCCGCACGCUCCUCCGGGCCGGCGGCGGCCAAGGGCCUCGCCUGCUCCUCUGCGCCAGUGGCCACGGGCUCCGCCCGCUCCUCCCAGCACCGCCGGCCAUGGGCUCCGCACGCUCCUUCGCGUCGGCGGCGGCCAAGGGCCUCGCCCGCUCCUCUGCGCCAGCGGCCACAGGCUCCGCCCGCUCCUCCCAGCGCCACCGGCCAUGGGCUCCGCACGCUCCUCCACGUCGGCGGUGGCCAAGGGCCCCGCCCGUUCCUCCACGCCGGCGGCGAGCACAAGCCGCGCCCGCUCCUCCACACCGACAGUGCACACGAGUCCCGCCUGCUCCUCCUCACGCUGGCGGCAUCCGCGCAUCAUGGGAGGUGGCCGUCACAGGGAGGGGUGGAGGCCAUGGAUGUCAGCUGAGGAGAUGACCGACGGGGGUGGUGGCUGCCGGGGUAGAGCCCGCUGA